CAAACCUUGACGUUUUUUCGGGAUUUUCUCGUUCCAGUCCGGAAUUUUAGUGAUUUUGCCGUGAAUUUUUCGUUUUACAUUACGAAAUAAAGAAAUUAAUUGAUCAUAUUCAUAUUGUAUGGAUUUUAUAAUAAAUUCAGUACCAGUCUUUCGAAAAAAUCGUUCGUUUUGUGAGUGAAAGUUCCUCAAAAUUGAGUGCCACUAAAUUGUGUUGAACGUGUUCGUCGUUGUUUACCUUUCGGGAAAGUGCUCACUGUGCAAAUUAUUGCAAUAACAAAUCUCAAUCAUUGAAGAAAAAGUGCUUUGUUGAAUUCAAACUAGGUCAAAAUCGAAACAGUCCAAACUGGUUCUACGUGAGGAAUCGCACAACGAUUAGAGAAAGUGAACCGCUAGAGUAUUCUAGUGCGGCGCGAUGAUGUCUGCCAGUGGUGAGGGGGCGACACCUUCGCCGUUGCCUCUAAUGGCUGGGAGCAACUCUGGAGGAGGAGGAGGAGGAGCUGGGGGAGGUAAUACUAAAAGUGACACGUCGUCACGGGCUGCCCCGAUGAAAAAUCCGCUGCUGAGCAUGCAGGUCACCGGGCUGACGUUGGAUGACUUUGCGCACCAUGCACUGUUGCUUCCGGCGGCCCCACCGCCAGCACCACCCCCCAAAGAACCAACCCCGCCUCCUAUGUUGGAAAUAAGCCGCGAGCUGGAAACAACAGACAUCAAGAAACCCAUAGUCUUUGGUGGGGCAGUUCUCGAGCUUCAAGACCAGGACAAUUUUAGUGAAAUCGAUUUACACUCGACGGCAGACUCGUUAAGCAACGCACCUCCGUCCACGAACGAUUACAAUCCUUUACAGGAUCUGGAAGAUUCGGAGCAACGGGAACCGAAUUCAUAUCUUCAACAGACCUCGGCAUUGACAGCACAAUUCGCUGCGCAACUACCAAACGUAGCAUCCACCGUAUUUUCAACAUUCAGUCGAGUGAUCAAGGGAUCUUCGCCAGGUCCUCAACAACCGCCAAGUCAACCAGCGCCUGUUGAACCAACACAGUUCUCUUCACCAGUAGGUGGAUACGAAUACUCGCAGCAAGGCAUAUACGCACAGGGUUCACAUUCUUUCAUAGAACAACACAAACAACUUCCACCACCACCACCGCCUACUUUCUUCAACCCAGAGGCAGUUAGUCAACCAGGGCCAGCUUUCCCACCUUCUGGAGCAACUGGCUCCAAUACUUACCGCCUUGGUGGAGCAAAAAAGAAAACUUACGCUCACAUUCCGGGUCUGAGCACCGCAGGACCACCGCCAACAGUGGUAGCGCCAGUGCAAAACCAAGACCUAAGUAGCUUUGCUCCCCUCCCGGAAGCAACUCCCGCUAGUCUAAGUCGGGAUCAACCCCAGAAACAAGGAUUUUCGUUUUUCGAGAAAUUACCGAACCUAUUAGAAAAGUUUCCAAAGCCGACAUUUGCAUCUGGAGCGCCGCAAAAUCAAGAAGUAUCGUCCAAUCCAACAAACUAUUUUGAAGGACCAGCAAUACAACCUAGUUCAGCAGGAUCAUCGGAAAUACCUGCAAAUCCAGCAAACUUCUUUAGAGGACCACCUGUGGUACAACCUCCAGCCCCGGAGGUUUCUUCGUUUACUCAACCUAUAUUUCCUCAGCCUUCGUUCCAAUCCUUUCCACAAGAUCAACCUAACAGUUUACCACCACCGCCUACGUUCUUCACUCCCACUCAAGUUCCAUCAGUUCCAAAUCUCCCUCAUCAUCGACCCUCGAAUAAUCCAUAUAGUUCAAGUCAUCUGAAUAGGUCUGUCGGAGUAUACAAGAAUCCUUUAACACCCGCAACUCCUGCAACAGUAUCAAGUUUUCUCCCUAAUCAAGAACCACCUAAGACAUCUCCACCUACAAAUUUCUUUCAAACAACUCCUUUCGAAACUCAAGGACCGCCUCCUCCUGUCCAAUAUUUCAAUUCCCAAGCUGCUCCCGGUAAACCCCCUACGCCGAUACUUCCUACAACUCCUGUUGAAUCCACCGUACAUUCAACGUCUCGUCCACAGUCCUCAUUGAGCGAAACAUUAACAAGAAAAUCCAGCAUUUUCGCUUCGUUCGAAAAGAAUCCUGAACCGGAAGCCAAAACCGUGCUUGACAGUCGCUCUAGAUCAAGCGAAAACGUUCUCUCACCUCCACCCCGACCUAACUCGAACCUUAGCGAACCGGCACUCUUCAGCAGUGAAGGUCAACCGAUCAACUUAUUUAAACCGGAAGUGAACAACGCACCGCUACAACAAACGUUACCGUUUGGCGCUUUUCAGCCUCAGCAGCAACAAUUUGAAAUACAGCCACCACCUCCUGCAGCUGCGGUAAACUUUUUCAAUCCGGCGCAACUAGCUCCAGUGUCGACGGAAUUACCUCCUCCGCCAACUGCAGCAACAGUCGGUUCAAAGCCGUAUAACCUCCAGAAAACUAGAAGAUCAGCUUACGCUGUUCCGCCGAGCCUUGUCAACAAUUCAACUACAGUGCCACCACCCGCUCUUCAUAAUCAAUUUUCUGCAAACGUUCCACCAACGCAACUCUUCAACCCUGUUGUUCCAGCUCCUUUCGACUUAACUGUAACACAGAAUCAAACAGUUGAACCCGCGUCAUUCUACAAUCCUAAUACAGUUGACCGAGCACCUGUAAACUUCUUCAACCCAACUGCUGCUAACACCACUCUACCCCAGGAUUUCAACGCAAAUCCUAUCCUAGAACCAACUUUAUUCAGCCCACAAUCCGUUCAACAACAGGAUUUCACAUCUACACAGCGCCCUCCGUCUGCCAUCAGUCAGUUCUUUCCAUCGGCCCCGCAAGAAAUAAACGCCAACUUCGCCAAUCUUCAGAUAUCGCCACCAAAACUUCAACAACCUUCUACGAACCCUUCGGAUUUCUUCAAUACCGAGCUCUCCCCAUCACAACAACCCGUCGCAACCACGGGGCAGUCUUCAUCGCAGGUGAAGCUGUUCAGCUUCUUCGGUCAGCCACCUGCAAUCGAGUCUGCUAACACUUCCAAUCCUGCACUCGAUUCCAUCCUAUUCGGCCAGGAUAGCGUCGAUCAACCAUCGCUUUCGCUGGAAGAUUCUCCCUCGAAGGGAACACAAGACAGUGACGAUCAACAGCCGAUAGAGGUCAUCGAACCGGAACUAGCGGAUCAGGCGAACACCGUAAACGAUUCGCAACUGGACGAUCGAUACGACGAUCCUUCCGAACAGGAACGAAUCGGAAACGCACCGGAACCCAUAUUCAGCAGUGACAAUUUGUUUGAGUUCAAAAAGUCUGCCCUAGAGGACGACACCUACUCCAAGGACGUACUGAUAGACGCCAAUAGCAGCAGUAUGGCAGCCAUGACGACAACUGCCGCUGCACCGGCUAACUCCGCAAUCGUCGACAGCUCAAUGGCUUCGAUUACGGAAGCUUCGACCAACAUCGCAUACAGACCGGUAUACCGCCAUUGGUUCUCUAAACGGGAAAGCGAUUCCAAAGUCAUUUGGACACCGUUUACAAUGAGCGAUUCCCUUGCCUUGGAAGAUGCUUUGGCGUUGGUCAAGGAUGACGACUCUGAAAGUGAUGCGGAUGGCAAUCCGAUCAUCGUUCAUGUUGAUGGAGGUCGCCACGAUGUACUGAUCAAAGAGCGCAAGAUGACUCCGGUGUAUUGGAAGGGUGUCUCACAAGAGGUGCGGAGGUGCGCGUGGUUCUACAAGAAUGUAGACUCCCGAUACAUACCAUACGAUGAAGAAGUUGCAGAAAUGUUGGAGCGGGAAUAUAAAGAGGCAGCUACAUCUGGUGAAUGGCAUCGACGAGUUGUAAUUCCUACUGGAGAAACCGUUGUGUUCCAUGGACCAUCCGUAAUUGUACACUUUCUUCAAACACAAAAUCCCGAUGCUUGGGGUGGAAGUUCUCCUGUCCCGCCAACGGCUAAUCGACCACGAGUUGUUAAGCGAGGGGUUGACGAGUUCAAUAUAGAAGACGGCGAACCAGAACGGGUUGAUCACUUGAUGUUCAUGGUUCAUGGUAUUGGUGAAGCGUGCGAUCUUCGUUUCCGACCGGUCGAAGAAGUGGUCGAUGAGUUUAGGAGCAUUUCAGCCCAGUUAGUCCAGAGUCACUAUCGAUCAUCGUUCGAUCGCGGUGACAUCGGUAGAGUUGAGAUAUUGCCAAUUUCGUGGCACAAUGAUCUCCAUUCGGAGGAAUCCGGAAUCGAUAAGAAACUGAAGGCUAUCACAUUGGAAUCUAUCCCGAAGCUGCGUAACUUCACCAACGAUACUGUGCUGGAUGUGCUGUUCUACACAAGUCCCAUGUUUUGUCAAAAUAUUAUUGACGCUGUUGGUAACUCGUUGAACCGAUUGUACUCGCUGUUUCUGGAGCGGAAUCCAUCGUUCAAAGGAGGCGUUUCACUUGCGGGUCAUUCUUUGGGAUCGUUGAUUCUAUUUGAUCUUUUAUGCCACCAGAAAGGAACUCCAAUGGAGACAGAAAACUCGAUGUGGAUAGCUGCUAAAUGCAACCCCAACUUCCACUUCUUCUUCCACCAGGAGAACCCGGACCUAGCGCCUUUCCUCAACUCCCACGCGACACCUCGACCAUUAGCGAGCAAAUGUUGCCAGCAGCAAAUCAACUAUGAAGUGGGUGCCGCUGGAACCGGUCAGCCUUUUAUCGCCUAUCCUCAGCUCUUGUUCAACCCGAAGAAAUUUUUUGCCCUCGGUUCUCCGAUCGGCAUGUUUGUGACCGUUCGAGGUAUCGACAAGCUCGGACUUGACUUCAAACUUCCGACCUGCGAUGGAUUCUUCAAUAUUUUUCAUCCUUACGACCCGGUAGCCUAUCGGAUUGAAGCUCUCGUCAACCAGGACCUUAGCCCAUUGCGGCCGGUUUUGAUUCCCCACCACAAGGGCCGCAAGAGGAUGCAUCUCGAACUAAAGGAAACAAUGGUUCGUGUCGGAACCGAUCUGAAGCAAAAGGUACUGGACACAUUCCGAAACACGUUAGAUGCAGUCUAUGCAAUUACGUCACUUCAGCGUCCGGAUCGCAAAGCGAUCGAAUGCGAAGUGGAUAAAGUUUUGGAAGAUCAGCUCAAAUUCGAAACUGGUUCAUCAACGACGGCCUCGGAUGUAGAUAUGGGCGAGACGGACUUACCGCUCGGUAGGUUGAACCAAUCGCGUCGGAUUGACUACGUGCUUCAGGAAGCCCCGUUGGAAUUUUUCAACGAAUAUCUGUUUGCGCUGACCAGCCAUGUGUGUUAUUGGGAAUCAGAGGACACGAUGCUGUUCCUGAUGAAGGAGAUCUACUCCAGCAUGGGGGUGCAAAGUGACAGCCAAAUCCCACAACAAACGAUGACGAUCGAAAGGCCCCGGGUGGCGAGUCCAACGCCAGCAGCACUAGCCGCUGCCAACUUCAGCCUCUUUCCCCAGCAGCCGACGACCAGCGGAACGAUGGCUGAAAGUUGCAAUCGAUAGACAGACGCCGGGCAUCUUGGUGAGCACUGAGCAUGUAUGACUGUGUAUAUAAGUUUUUAUUACUCUAUAUCGAUAGGUUUUUGUUUUAAUCGUUAAUUAUUAUGUCUUGUAAAAACUAUGUUAUUAAACUUGGGACACCUUUUGUUAUUAGUCUUAUGAUUCUAUGAACGUUGCUAAACAAUAUUUAUACGAAUGACAGGUUUCCAAUUGUUACUCGAAUGGUAUCGAUUUUCCUUUAUGUGAUUUGCGAUCUUCGACGACUUUAACUUCACAAUAUAUAUAUUUUUUAAUCCUCAAUUAGUUCACAUGUUCCAAGUAGAUGUUGUGAAAAACUGAAUUCAGACACUUCAGCUUGCCUCGAGCCAAAUUCUGAAAAUAAUUCCGAUACAUAUUACAAAUCUAAUUAAAUCAAUUCUUCUAUCCUUAUUCUACUGUGUCUAUUGUUCGACGUUACAGUUUCACUUUAGCUCAUAUUUCUGGCAAUGUAGAAUAAGGGAUAGGCGUAUCCAUCAGCCACAGUAUUCGGCAGUAUGAGCUUCAGUUAUCAGAUUCUCUUCAUAUUGCCUUUUCCUUCAGCGAUGAAGUCAAUACUCUUCUACUUUUGCUUCACUUUAUCGUUUUCUGUUAAGACUUAGUAUCAGUCACUAGCUGAAAUCCUGGCAGCAUUUUUCUUGUCCAUCACGAAUUUCCCUUUUGUUAUUUUCAGUUUUCACUUUUGAAAUCUAAAUCGGCUGCCUUUUUUCAACCGAAACUCAAAACGACUUGGUACCUACAUUGAAAUAAUUCCACCUUAGCUCAAAUACCUACUUAAUACGUUAUUUGAUUUAAGCACUAUGCUUAUGUUUACAUAAUAUUUUAGGUAGGUCUACGGUAUUUUUUCACGAUUGCUAUUUCGUGGUAUAGAAACAUAUGGGGAUGAAAAAAAGAAAAUUAUAAGUUACGAAACGGUACUAUGCCAAAUUGUUUACCCUGAAAUGUUUUUCUACUUUUUCUAACCUAAACACUUAUUGUAAAAAGUGUGAAACAGUGUCCAAGUUUAGAUGGAUAGACAAAUAGAUUAAUGUUGCUUAUAAAGUCCACUAAAAAAUAGGUUUAAAAAGAUGCAAAUUUUUAUUGAUAAUAAGCAUAGCUAGCCCAACUAGUCUUUAAGAUAGGAAAUGUAAGAUAAACUACCGAA